UGUAACAUUGUUAACAACAAUUUUUUGCUUGUAAUUUUUAACUAAUGUCAACAAUAUACUAAUGAAGAUGGAAAAGGGAGACUCGGCUUCUAUGCCGAAUGCAGACGCAUAUCGUCGUCUAUUGAGCAAAACCGUCUCACAGCUAUUGUUAGACAAAGGUGCCGGCGUGGCCAGCCACCAAUGUGUGGAGACGCUGACCCAAAUGAUGCAGUCUCUGCUUGUUGAGAUUGGCAACUCGGCACACAAUUAUUGUGAACUGGGUGGACGCACUAUGCCCACUGUGGGCGAUGUUAGCUUAGCGCUCAUUAACAUGGGUAUUAACAUAAGCACCCUGGAGCAGUAUACGCGGCGAACCACUCACACGCCUAUAGCACUGCCACCGCAACAGUCACAACAACGUCAGCUAAGCUUGCUGCAAGCCGGCACCAAAGCAGCUCAUCCACAUUAUGUGCCCAGCUAUUUUCCACCCAUGCCGGAUCCGCAUGCCUACAUACGAACGCCCACACACAAGCAGCCUGUGACAGAGUACGAAGCUAUACGUGAGAAGGCUGCUAGUCAAAAGCGCGAUGUAGAGAAGGCACUGACUAAGUUUCUCUGCAAAACCUCUGAGACCAACAAUCUCUUUCCCACCGAGGAUAAUAUGUUUCCACUUAUCUCAUGUAGGCCUGCCUUUCCUGCAUAUUUAGCUGCCUUAAAUCCCACCGACCAAGUGUUUGACUUUGAAGAGCUGGAGUACCAUUACCUGGUGGCAAAUCGUACAGAGGACGCGCCCAGCAAAGAGGACGGUGAAGAGGGUGACAGCGACAAUGAGGAGGUCGAUGGCGAUAAGUCCAAAGAGCUUGAGCUUGAAAUCAAACCAAAUUCAGCCACUAACAAGGCUAUUUUGGAAAAUCCCAAUAUUGACAAUCCCUAUUUGCGUGCCGCCACCUUGCCUAAGCGCUCGAAGGGCAACGGCGAUCCCACCACUCCACGCAUAAUGCCCACACGCAAUCCGCCCACAACAGCUCCAGCGGCGCCUACGCCUUCCACACUAGAAAUAACAAAAAGUAGCAUAUAAUAGUUAUAGAAUAAAGUCGUUUAUC